ACUUAUACCCUACCGAUAACAAGUUUCAAUCAAAUUGCCUCUACUAAUGAAAUAGGCAUUAAUAGAACCAUUAACUUACGUUAGGCCUAUUUAUAGAAUUCAAAUUCAUUCAUUCCUCUUUGGUUCUCAUUCAUGUGGUUCCAUAUUAGACGACAUCAUUCCAGGGCAAUUGUAUUUGAUUGGAUUCCCGUGCAACUGGUCGGAUAUCAUAAAAAGAAAAUGUACAGAAUAAACAUGAAAUGAUCUCUCUGGACUAACUAUUAUUACAGACUAGUUAAGAUCUUGAAACCAGGCUUUCAUUUCAAAACAAAUUCACAAGGACAUACGAAUUUUAAUAUAAAUUUCAACUUACCUUUCAAGAAUCACAUUCGUAUUACCAGGCCUAUAUUAUGUCAAUGAGAUUAGCAGGGUCAACAGAUUAGUCACGUACUGACUCACAACAAAAUAUUCACUCGCCAAUAAUUUAUUAGGCUAUGACGUUGACAAUGAAUAAUAGGUACUACUAACAACGAAUUGUUUCAGCUAAAUGUAAUUAGCUGAAGAGAUUGAAUGACCGAAGGGUGAAAGUUGAAAACAGGUAAUUAUUAUUAUUUUUGCAAAUGGUCAAUCGCAAAUAUCUGGAGAGAUGGAAAUACCAAUACUUCAAGCCCAGAGUUGUUUAUCAGUAUAAAUGUCUGUUCUCUGUAAAUAAAUUAGCCAGUCUUUAUAUCCUAUUUUGGAAGAAAGGUUCAAAAAUGAUUCGCACAUUUGUUUUACUCACCCUCGCUGCAGUUAUUGUUAGUGGAUUCACCAAAGAGGUGGGCAGCGAGGUGCAUUCCAAACUGCUGCCAGUGCUGGUGAGAGAGCGUCGUCAAUUCGGCUCUUUCUUCCCGGCGGUAGGUGGUGGUGGUGCGGGGGCGGGAGCUCAGGCCAACGCACAGGCGUCCUCGUUCAGCGGUAGCUUCGGAGGCGGUGGUCCGGCCUUCGCGCCCCCGGUCGGAGGCGGUGGCUUUGGAGGCGCCAGCAGCAUUAGUUCGGCACAGGCGUCGGCGAUUGGGGCAGGGGGCGGUGGUCCGGCCUUCGCGCCCCCGGUCGGAGGCGGUGGUUUUGGAGGCGCCAGCAGCAUUAGUUCGGCACAGGCGUCAGCGAUUGGGGCAGGGGGUGGUGGUCCGGCCUUCGCGCCCCCGGUCGGAGGUGGUGGCUUUGGAGGCGGCGGCGGCAUCAGUUCGGCACAGUCGACGGCGUCGGCGUUUGGGGCCGGGGGCGGACAAGGAGUGGGGUGUGGAAGAUAGAAUGUAGAGAGUGGAGAAACAUAGAAGAACAAUAGCAAUCAAGUUGAAGAAUCAUAGCAUAUAGGAGAUCAGCUAUAAGUCAUCUACUGCCAUGCAGUAAGGAACAAUAUAUUAUUAUGCUCUUAUUUUGUGCUACUGCACUAUACUCUGUCCAAACAGGCAUGAGCUCUGAAGGAUUAUGCUGACCCUCCUACUACUCACACACACAAGCGCAUUCUCUUUUUGUGUGUGUGUGAGUAAAGGGACGGUCUGCCUACCUGUAUACUAUAUGUAGUAUACAUAGUAUAUCAAUGGCGCUGGUAGGCCGAGCGUGUGUGCCUGCGUGUGGGUGAGCGAGGGUCGGCUUAAUCUUUCAGGGCUCACGGCAGUUUGGACAGACUAUACCUACUAAAUUAUCAGUAGUCACAUCUCCAGCUACAAAAAUAUUAGAUUGAAAUGAAAUGCUAAAGUGAACGAAUCAGCCAUAAUCAACGUCUAUUAUUUCAAUAAAAUCAUAGGAUUUAAUAUGAAUAAAUUUGAAAGAAACUUUCACAUGAUUAUGCUGAUUAUGUUAUUUCCAAAUCUGCUUCAGCUUGUAAAUAAAUAAAAAUAAUGUAAAUUUCGAAUGUACUGUACUUACGAAAACUCAAUAGUGCCUUAAUAAGGUAUGCUAUAUCGUCAUUUCCCUCAACUUGGAAAAUAAAAUUUCUUAGAAGCAUUUCAACAUCACCCAUAUUGUUAAAAACCCCGCUUACACAGUAAUAAUAAUAAUAAUAAAAAAACAAUAAUUAUUAUAGCCACCAUCUAGUCACAUAAAGGUGAAUCGUUACUAUUUCAUUAAGUUACUUUGUAUAAUUUGUGUUAUGAAACAAAAUUAGGCUACCGGUGUAUAUAAAUUUAAAUGUUAUUGAGUCAAAAUAGCUUAUAAUAUUUUUAUUCGUUGCAAACAGAAACCCCGCUAUUGUUGACAACAGAACUUUAUUGCAGUCUCAUUCGACCUUUAUACUUUGAUUUACUAUGACCCAGAUUUUAGGACACCUAUCGAAUCUAAUGAACCAUUAAAAAGUGUUAGAAACCAAAUCUAUGCUCGGCUAUUUCUUUUGAUGUGAAAGUUGUAUGUUUAUAGAAAAAUACAAUUCCAAUUGGAAAUAAACAGUGGAAUCAAUUAUUCAAAAAAGUAGAGGAAGCUGUCAAUUAUGUAUAACUAGGCCUUCCUAAAAUUGUAUCAUCUAGGCCUACCAUGUUUCUUCCUUAUUGUUCCAUUUCUAUAGAAACUGUUUACAGUAUUACUAUAGGAUAUCAUCAUCAUAAUUAUAUUGAACACAUAUUUGUCAUGAAUUUCAUAAUAAAUCGAGAGCGGCUAUUCAUUUUUUACA